AAAGUUUGUAUGUUGUCAAGUGACGCAUAUAUAAAUCAUGGUUGAGUGGUUUGCUACACUCGCCAGUCGCCACUAUAUGUUAUAGACACACAUGAGUAAUUCUCGUAUGCGAGGGAGAACUUCAUAUGUUUAAAGGAAGAGAUUUAUAAUUCAAGAACAUUUCAACUUGAUGUGCACCGGAAGUAAAGCUACAAACCGGAAGUGAAACAUAUUUUUAUCUUCCAAACAUGGCAUUGAAGAGUUUCAACGACUUCAUCUGGGACGAACGGUGGUGGUUCCCGAACAAAGUAUUUGGCAAUACGUAUGGCUGGAAGGAUCUUGAGAACCAGCCAGGAUCGGAAGUAUACUAUCCAGAAACGACGGAUCUUCACUUUGGUAUUUUACUAGGAGCUGCUCUUGUUAUACUCAGGUUUAUUAUUGAGAGUGUUCUGUUGAAGCCAAUAGGUUAUAAACUUGGUGUACAACCACAAAGGGUUCCAUUUAUAACACCAAACGCUGUUCUGGAGGAGGAAUAUAAACAAAAGAGACAACUUCAACCAAAUUAUGAGGCAUUAUCAAAGCAGACUGAUUGGUCAGUACGACAGAUAGAGGUGUGGUUUCGGAAAAGGAAGAAGCGUGAUGCCACGCCCACAAUAAAAAAGUUCUGCGAUAGCGGAUGGCAUUUUAUAUUUUACACAUCCUCGUUUAUCUAUGGCUUAUGUCUACUAUGGAAUAAACCAUGGUUUACAACAACAAAGGAAUGCUGGGUAGGAUGGCCGCAACAGCAUGUAUCUGACGGCAUAUAUUGGUACUACAUGAUAGAGCUUGCCUUUUAUUGCAGUUUGAUAUUCACCUUACUCUAUGACCACAAAAGAGCAGAUUUUGUACAAAUGAUAGUGCACCAUUUAGCAACAAUAGUUCUCAUAUAUUUUUCUUGGAUCAGUAACUUUGUGCGAGUUGGUUCACUUGUGCUUCUCAUACAUGAUGUCUCAGAUCCCUGGUUAGAGUUGGCAAAGAUGGGUAUAUAUCUAAAACGUAAGACACUAACAGAUGUUGCGUUCGGCAUAUUUGUUUUGGUUUGGACGGUAGCUAGACACUAUGUAUUACCUUUUAUAAUAUUGUAUACAACCACCAUUGAAGUUCUCGAUAUCAUAGAUGCACCUACCUUUGUUAACUACUUUUUCAACUUCUUUUUGUACCUGCUACUGAUGUUAACGUGUAUUUGGUCGUAUCAUAUUUAUAAAAUGGUGUACAAGACGCUUACAGAAGGCGAUAUUAAAGAUAGUCGGAGUGACUCGGAGGCCGACGAUGAUGACGUCACUGUUGACAAAAAGCUUGACAAACCAAUUGACAGUUAUCAAAAUGGAAAUAAUCACACAACAGAAAAUGGAAAUAAUAACACAACAGAAAACGGAAAUUGUCAUAAUGAAGUAAAUUGUCAUGCGCCGGCAGUGGAAAAUGGAAAUAUAAAAAUAGACAAGAAACAAGCGUUAGACACAUGAAUUUUAUAUUAAAAUGCAGACUAUUGAAAUAAAUAGAGACUUUUAAAUUAUAUACAUGUACAUGUACGUAUAUGACUUUUUAAAACCUUAGAAUGGAUUAUAAUAUAGAGCAUGGGAACGCUGUAAAACAUCAAAGAUGAAGUUAUAUGUGAAGUGAUAAACACGUGGUACCUGUAUUUUAUAUAUGAGAAUGUUGAGAUAUUUAAACAACAAAUUUGUUUAUGUCCAACAGUGUUUAAUCAUAUUAUAUAUAAUGAUAGAGGUUAUGCAAUAUGCAUGGCCUAUCAUGAAGAACUUUAAUAGAAGAUCACCAAAGAAUCCACGUAAUGACACUUACUCUUUGAUUUCUAAGGCCUGCUAUUGGAGUUCUGAUGCGUGCAAUUUGAGAUAUAUUCUUUUGUAAAAUUAUUGUAUCUGCUUAGGAUCCUGCCUGGGUUUGCGGUUACUUUAUCAAUAAAAUCUAGUCAACAGUCUUGCGUGAGGUCAGUAGUUCUACUCGGGUACCUGCUCGUUACUCAGGUGCCUGCUCGCCACUUAGGUACCUUCUCGCCACUCAAGUACCUGCUCGCAACUAAGGUGCCUGCUCGCCACUUAGGUGCCUACUCGCCACUCAAGUACCUACUCGCAACUCAGGUGCCUGCUCGCUGCUCAGGUACCUGCUCGCCUAAAAUCCGCAUGUCAUUCUCCACCAGUACACCUUGUAAUGCCCCAUAUGACAUUGGCAAUGUCGGCUUGUCUGAAAACUCAGCAAAAUAUACGUUCUACCUAUAUUCUUAUAUAGAAUAUUGAUGGAGACAUGCCAUAUUUUUUUAAUUUACGAUUUUCUUAAUUCACGGUUCACUUAAAGUAAACCAAAUUUCCUAUUCAAAUAUACAUGUAUCAUUAUUAUUUUUUAAAUAUUUUAUCCCGAAUAUAAUUUUCAUCUUCCAGUUUCUUUGAAAUUUUUAUAUACGUAUGCUCAUUAUUUUAUUAUUAUUUUCUAUUAUUAUUAUAUUGAACGUGCUGUAUGAAUUGAUUAUUAAAUUUCUUUUGCCAUA